UGCUGUUCCUGGGGCUGGUGGCCGCCGUCGGCCUGGGCCUGAACCUCAUCUUCCUGGCGGCUUACCUGAUCUGCACGUGCUGUUGCAGGCAGAACGAGGCAGUGCAGACCAAGCAGCGCGAGUCCUGCUGCGUCACCUGGACGGCUGUGUUGGCCGGGCUCAUCUGCUGCACUGCAGUGGGCGUUGGUUUCUAUGGAAACAGCGAGACCAACGAUGGGGUGCACCAGCUCAUCUACGCCUUGGACGACGCCAACCACACCUUCUCUGGGAUCGACACUCUGGUUUCUGAAACCACCCAGAAGAUGAAGGUGGACCUAGAGCAGCACCUGGCCCGGCUCGGCGAGAUCUUUGCUGCCCGUGGUGAUUAUAUUCAGACUCUGAAGUUCAUGCAGCAGAUGGCGGACAACAUCAUUGCCCAGCUCUCAGGACUGCCUGUGUGGAGGGAGGUCACCACAGAGCUGACCGAGCUGUCUGACCAGACUGGCUACGUGGAGUACUACAGGUGGCUAUCCUACCUCCUGAUCUUCAUCCUGGACCUGGUCAUCUGCCUCAUCGCCUGCCUGGGACUGGCCAAGCGCUCCAAAUGUCUCCUGGCCUCGAUGCUGUGCUGUGGGGUGCUGAGCCUGGUUCUCAGCUGGGCUUCCCUGGCCGCCGACGCCGCUGCGGCAGUGGCCCCAGGUGACUUCUGCGUGGCUCCCGACACCUUCAUCCUGAACGUCACCCAGGACCAUGUCAGCAAAGAGGUGACCCGCUACUACCUGUAUUGCAGUCAGAGUGGAAGCAGCCCCUUCCAGCAGACGCUGACCAUCUUCCAGCGCUCACUGAGCACCAUGCAGAUCCAGGUCGCGGGGCUGCUGCAGUUCGCCGUGCCCCUCUUCGCCACCGCAGAGAAAGAUCUGCUUGGAAUCCAGCUGCUGUUGAACUCGUCGGAGUCCAGCCUGCACCAGCUGACGGCCAUGCUGGACUGCCGAGGGCUACACAAGGACUACCUGGACGCCCUCACUGGCAUCUGCUACGACGGCCUCGAGGGCCUGCUGUACCUUGGCCUCUUCUCUCUCCUGGCCGCCCUCACCUUCUCCAUCAUGAUCUGUGCGGGGCCGCGGGCCUGGAAGCACUUUACCACCAGAAACAGAGACUAUGAUGACAUCGAUGACGAUGACCCCUUUAACCCCCAAGCCCGGCGCAUUGCAGUCCACAACCCCCCAAGGGGACAACUUCACAGCUUCUGCAGCUACAGCAGCGGCCUGGGCAGCCAGACCAGCCUGCAGCCUCCGGCCCAGACCAUCUCCAAUGCCCCUGUCUCCGAGUACAUGAACCAAGCUGUGCUCUUCGGCGGGAACCCACGCUACGAGAACGUGCCACUCAUCGGGAGGGGCUCCCCCCCACCCACGUACUCGCCCAGCAUGAGGGCCACCUACCUGUCCGUGGCAGACGAGCACCUGCGGCACUACGGGAAUGAGUUUCCAGCCUAACAGACUUGCGGGGCUUCCUCCUCCUGCUUCCGUUUUGGUUUUUAAUUAAUGCAAACACAAGCUGCGUUUCUUUACCAGAAACCAAAGGCAUAUGGAGACGGCAGCUGGGAUUCCCGACCAAAGCCCAGGGGGACAGAAGAGCCACCACCUGAGCCAGCCUCUCUCUCUCCUGUCCUGCCCUCCGCGCCAGAAAAUCCUCCACGCUCUUGGCUGCCUCGGAGGUUCCUUCUCUGGGCAGCUGCCUGGGUCGGCUCACCCUGCAUCCCACCCAUGCCAGGAGGGGAGUGGCAGGGCCGGAUCAGGCGCUGCCGUCAGAGACCUCUGUGACCUCUCGGGUCCCACUGCAGGACUGUGCCUCUUCUGAGCACAGCCAAAGCCCAGGUGGCCUCACUGAGUCACCUUUCUCCUCCAUGACUCUGCAGGUAACAGUGGGAAAGGCUGGCCAGGAGAGGCUUUUUGAGGAGCUGGCAUUCCUGAUGAGACCAGGAGAGUCCAAAUCGGAGUUCCCAGGGCCAGACAGCUCUUCCUGGGCCACUGAGGGGAGGUGUCAGGAGAGUCCUGCAGUGGGAGGCUGGUGGCUCUGGGGCUGGGGAACCAGCCUGGUGGGCCCAGAUGGGAACAGGGAGAAAGCCCGCCCUGUCCCACUUGUCUCGCUAACCCUCCAUCGCCCCACCCUCUUUCUGGAAUCUGCUUCGAGUCUGUCAGCUGCAGAUAGGGACUGUCUCAGGGUUGAACAGACAUUUUGAAAGCAACGUUAACUUUUUUUCCCCCAGUGUUUUUUUAACAUUUUUGUUAUCCAAAGAAUUGAAACUCAUAGCUCAUCCAGUUUUUACCAUAGAUUUGGGGCUCAUUCCUUACAACUGGGUUUUAUAUCACACUUUUACCCGUCUUCCUGGCCCUGACCAGUUCUUUAUAGAUCUGGAAAAUGGGGGAGGAGUGGAUUUUUUACAUAAAAUAAAGAUCAGUGAGACAUCCUGUCCCAAGCUGCUGUGUGAUGGGGAGCUGGGUUCAUCCCACCUAGGGAGGAGGGUCUUUAAGAGGGGAAAGCCAAGAAGGAAAACUGAACAGAGCCCUCUGCCCUGGGGACUAGCUGAUGCCCCUGCCAGCUGUCCCCUCCUUGUUGUCUUCAAGCAAGUUUGUCAGAAAAGGUUUUAGCAAAGUGGCACAGUUUGUGUCUGGAUGUGAGAACAGGUCUUUUCCCUCCCCUCCCAGACCACCUGUCCCCACCCCGUGUCCCAGACCCCUGACCUGCUAGGGAACAGGAGCUUAUUGGCCAGGAGGAAAUACGGACUCACCAUCCUGCCUGCUGAAGGGCCAGGUGGGGGUCUUUGGUGCUUCCAACCCUCCUGCCAACCCUGAGUACUCAACACAGAAGCCCCCACAACCUUGCACACCACAGCAGGGGCGCAGGGCGACUUGGCUAGGGACCGGGGCUCUGUUCCCAUUUUGGAAGAGCCACCUGUCAUCUAAACAUGGACAGCAGAGUGGUUCUCGGCUUCCAGCCACGCUCCCAAGAUAGUGCGGGGCCACAGGGCAGCCAGGAUUCGCUGUCUCACCUGCAUUCACUUGUACAUACCUUGCACUGUAAACACACCUUGGUAUGCCCACGUCACAUGCGGACAGGAACAUUGUGACGUCAAAGGUGUCGCUUCUUAAGGUUUUAUUACUGGCAACUAGAGGGUUGUUUUUAAUGCGUGGAAACUAAACUAAAAUUCCUUUGGGGGGGUGUCCCGGAUCCCAGCGGGCAAAACUCUGCUUGAUAUAUGCGCACCCUCACCUGGAAGAGAAAUAAACCACUUGUACUAAAACGCUCA